AGAGCCAGAUAUUUAGAUGAUAUUAAGCUGGAUUUACAGGAAGGAAAGAUCUUCUCUCUCACUGUGACAGCCAAUCAAACACCGAAGUGGCUUGGAAGCAGGGCUGCUUUAAGAUACCAGUGGGCCCAGGGCAAAAGUCUCGUGUGGGGCACCACUUUCCUGAGAGCAGAACCUGAAAUCAAUGCGAAUGCAGAGUUCAAGACAUUUAAUCUCGAGACUUCCGAAAACACCAAUAUAAAGCACUAUCCAUUGAGGAUCCUCGACUUAAUAUGUGGACUCCUGGGUGUAAUAUCUAUUGCCUUCCUAUCUACAUAUGUCUGGUCAAUGUUGAGAUAUAAGAAAAAAGAAGAAGAUGUGGAGAUGCAAAAUAACCCAGAUGUUUUAUUGGAAGCUCCUGGUGAAAAGCAGACUGUGAUCCUUAUACCUGGAGCAUGUGAUUUAACUAACAUUGUGGCUACUGAUAUAAACACAGAAGGAGUUGAGGAAAAUAAAGUGAAUCCUGUGGCCACUGAAGAGCCAAAGGACAAGAUAACUGAGCCAAAUGAGGAGCUUCAACAGAAACCAGAACAGGAAGCUGAGUUAAAGGAACAAAAGAAAAAAAAGAAAUGGAAAUUUUUUUUCUUGAAGAAAAAAAGCAAGCAAAGGAAAGACACAAUAAAAAGCGGAAAGGAAGGAAGAGAAGACGGGAAUGGCAACGAUACUUCCUUAAACAAUACUUCGGAAGCAUAUAAAUAAGACACAAACUCUAUGUGUGUCUGUGAUCCGAAAGCCACUACCUGCUUCAGAAUUUUUCCUAUUCAGUUUAAUUGGAUGCAGGGGAUGGGUGCUAACUAACUUCAGUUUAAUAGGAUGCAGGGGAUGGGUGCUAACUAAGGUUUCUGGGGCAAGUAGUGGCUCAUUGAUUGCCACCACAAGAAAUGGUGAUCAAGAUGCAGAAUAUUCCAUUGCAAGAAAGAAGUGAGGAAGGGAACAAACCCCUACAGAAACCCCAAACCCCUACAGAAUUAUUCUUUGAUUAACUUGUUUAACAACAAAAAAUGUUCAAUAAAAAUUAUAUUUUUAAAACAAUCAACAGUAUUUGAUAUAUUGAGUAUUGUAUUUAUACUAUUUCAAGAAUGCAAUUGUUUGAGGCUUUCUCUGGGGUCAUUUACAACUGCAAGUGCACUGGGCUAGUUGUAAUUUUGAGCA